AUGCCACGAACCUCCACCAAAGGAGAGAAAGAGACCAUCACGAGGUUUUGUUCAUCAUCAGCGAAGGAGAAGACUCCUUUGGAUGAUGCUGCCGACGUGGGAGUUGUCGUUAGCGCGUCCUACGAUUUCGACCUAGUUGCCAAAAGUCCACUUUAUGGAAAAUUAGCUGGCAGAAGAGGAAGCGAGAUGUUGGCAGCAUCUGAUGAGCAUCUGAGAAAGACUGUAGACAAAGUGACUCAUUCUUGUCGGCAUGUGGAAGUCAAGAAAGAGCAAACGGAAAUGAAAGUGGAGAGUGAAGUCGUUGUGGUAUCACAACAGGUUGUUGUCCAUCAAGAAGAAUCAGAUGCAGAACCAUCUGGUUCGGUUACUCCGAUGAGGACUGAUGGGGAGGGUAAGUUUUUUCUUUAUGAUUCGAUUCUUUCAAAAGGACUGGAAUUUAGACAAUGACA